AUGGCAGCUUUUGAUCGAGAACAGGCCGGAGCCGCGGCCAACUACCUUCGACUUGAUGAUCAAGCCCUUCUUACUUUGCGAACAGCCGAAUUCGCUGGCCGAAAGGCCGUUUGGGUUCCUCACAAGGACGAUGAAAAGUCCUACGUGAAGGGAAUUUUAACUGGCGAGAAAAAGGAGGGCAAGUUGGAAGUUGAGUUCGAGGGAACGAAAAAAUUCUUCAAAGAAGACAUUGUUGAAUUCCAAAAUCCUCCGAAAUACGAUCUCGUUGAGGAUAUGGCGGACAUGACGUACCUGUCUGAGCCUGCUGUUCUUUGGAAUCUUCGGGACCGAUACCAGCGAUUCAUGAUCUACACAUAUUCGGGUCUCUUCUGCGUUACUGUCAACCCAUACAAGAUGUUGCCAGUGUACGAUAAGAACGUCGUUGUUUGCUUCAAAGGCAAACGACGAGCUGAAAUGCCUCCUCAUCUCUAUGCCAUCUCCGACAACGCCUACACCAACAUGUUGAUUAACCGCGAGAACCAGUCUAUGCUGAUUACCGGCGAGUCUGGUGCGGGUAAAACCGUCAAUACCAAAAAAGUCAUCACUUACUUUGCGAUCGUUGCCGCUCUUGGACAAAAGAAGGAAGACGACGAUGGUCCUAAAAAUGCUCUGAAAGGAACGCUCGAAGAUCAAAUUGUCUCCGCCAACCCUGCUAUGGAAGCCUUUGGAAAUGCGAAAACGACGAGAAACGACAACUCUUCCCGAUUUGGUGACGUCGAGUACAACAUUGAAGACUGGCUUGACAAAAACAAGGAUCCUCUCAACACUACUGUCGUUGGUUUGCUCCAAAAAGCUUCGCUCAAGGUUCUCGUUGAUACCUGGGCUGACUACGUGAGUCCAGAUGAGGCCGGCGCUGGAGGCGGUGGAAAAGGAGGAAAACGACAAAAAGGCGGUUCUUUCCAAACUGUCUCUGCUCUUCAUCGACAGUCACUCCAGAAGCUCAUGACCAACCUUCGCUCUACUCAGCCCCAUUUCAUCCGUUGUAUCAUCCCCAACGAGAUCAAAAAGCCUGGCUACAUGCACGGCGGGCUCGUUCUCCACCAACUUCGAUGCAACGGUGUUUUGGAAGGUAUUCGAAUUUGUCGAAAGGGUUUCCCGAAUCGAGUUGUCUACAGCGAUUUUAAACAGCGGUACCGGAUCUUGAACCCAAAUUUGGUUCCUGAAGGCCAAUUCAUGGACAACAAGAAGGCCACGGAGAAGCUAAUGCUUUCAAUCAAGGAUUCUAUUGAUCCAGAGCGGUAUCGACUUGGUCAUACCAAGAUUUUCUUCAAAGCCGGAACCGUCGGUGAUCUUGAAGACUUGCGAGAUCAGAAGAUAGCUAGCAUCAUGACCAUGCUUCAGCGGGAGAUGAGAAGUAACCUUGCUAAACGCAUGUUCAAUCAGAAGCUGAAAGAACGAGAAGCUAUUUAUGUCAUUCAAGCGAAUCUCAGAUCCUUCAUGAGCUUGAAAGACUGGGAGUGGAUGAAACUCAUGUACAAAAUCAAACCAUUGCUGCAAUCAGCAGAGCAGCAGAAAGAAAUGGAAGAGCUCGUGAAAGAAGCUGAAGCUACAAAAGAAAAGCUCGAGACCGAAACUUCGAAGCGCAAGCAACUGGAAGAGUCGAAUGUCACCUUGAAUCAGGAGAAAAACGAACUGGUUCAGAAGCUACGAGAAGAACAAGAUCAACUUGCUGACGCUGAAGACCGUUGUGAGCAGCUCAUGAAAGCGAAAGUCGACGGUGAAAUCAAGAUCAAAGAAAUGCAAGAGCGCCUCGAAGAUGAGGAGGAAAUGAACAACGAUCUCGUCUCCAAGAAGCGAAAACUAGAAGACGAGUGUUCCGAAUUGAAAAAAGACAUCGACGAUCUCGAGCUUACCUUAGCCAAGGUUGAGAAAGAAAAGCAUGCGCUCGGGAAUAAAAUGAAGAACAUGACCGAGGAGAUCGCGAUUUGCGAGGAAAAGAAUGCAAAAAUCAUCAAAGAGAAGAAGGCUCUCCAAGAAGCGCAUCAACAGACUCUUGACGACCUUCAGCAAGAAGAAGACAAAGUCAAUUCCUUGUCGAAGGCUAAAGCCAAGCUCGAACAGCAAGUUGACGAUAUUGAAGCUUCAUUAGAAGCUGAGAAGAAGUCAAGACUUGAUCUUGAACGAGUAAAACGAAAACUCGAUGGAGACCUCCGCUUGGCUCAAGAGGCCAUUAUGGACUUGGAGAAUGACAAACAGCGGUUAGAGGAAAAAUUCAAGAAGUCUGAGUUUGAAGUAUCUCAACAGCAUGCUAAACUCGAAGACGAGUCAGCAUUGAACAUGCAAAUGCAGAAAAAGAUCAAAGAACUACAGUCGCGAGUUGAAGAACUUGAAGAGGAACUUGAUGCUGAGCGUCAAUCUGGAGCAAAAUCGGAGAAGCAAAAAACGGACUUGACGCGUGAACUUGAUGAAAUGGCUGAAAAACUUGAAGAAGCAAUGGGACAGACGUCUGCUCAGAUCGAGCUGAAUAAGCGACGAGAAGGAGAAAUGGCGAAAGUUCGACGAGAUCUCGAAGAAGCGAAUUUAGCUCAUGAAACAACUGUGGUCAUGCUGAGGAAGAAACACGCCGAUCAAGCAUCUGAACUCUCCGAACAAGUCGACAACCUUCAACGCGUGAAACAAAAGCUCGAAAAAGAAAAAUCCGAAUGCAAAAUGGAAAUCGACGAUCUGACCUCCAACUGCGAAUCAUUGACCAAGAGCAAGCUGAACUUUGAAAAAUCUCUCCGACAAUCUGAAGAUGCACUUUCUGAAGCGACGCGAAACAUGGCUGAUAUGGAACGAUGUAUUGCUGAUCUCAAUGCGGAAAAAGCAAGGUUCCAGACUGAAGUUGGCGAAUUGACACGAGUGCUUGACGAGCGAGAAUCAAUGGCUUCCCAGCUGGUGCGAGGCAAAAAUUCUCUUCAGCAGCAAAACGAAGAACUCAAGCGGGCACUAGAAGAAGAAUCUAAAGCGAAAACAGCUCUUGCUCAUUCUCUCCAAGCGCACAAACACGACAUCGAUCUCCUUCGAGAACAAUGCGAAGAAGAGCAAGAAGCAAAGCAAGAACUCCAACGAAACCUGACAAAAUCGAACAACGAAAUCAACAUCUGGCGAAACAAGUACGAGACUGACGCUAUUCAGCGCACGGAAGAGCUAGAGGAAGCAAAGAAAAAGCUAACAGCCAGACUUCAAGAGGCGGAAGAACAAGUUGAAGCCGCCCAGGCAAAAUGCGCUACGCUUGAAAAAACGAAAAACCGACUUAUGAACGAUGUUGAGGACGUCACGAACGAUUUGGAACGCGCUAACCAGGCCGCGUCUCAGCUUGAUAAGAAGCAGCGUAAUUUUGAUAAACAAAUGGCUGACCAGAAGAUGCGAGAAAACGAGCUAUCAGCGGAACUUGAAACUUCUCAGAAAGAAAACCGAGGUCUUUCAACUGAGCUUUUCAAAAUGAAAAAUGCUUAUGAAGAGGCCUUGGAUGCGCUUGAAACAAUCAAACGGGAGAACAAGAAUGUUCAAGAAGAAGUUGCAGAUCUGACCGACCAACUCGCAGAAUCAGUUAAAGCCACCCAUGAUCUCGAAAAAGCGAAACGAGCCAUGGAACAGGAGCGAAAUGAGCUGCACGCAACUUUGGAAGAUUCCGAAUCGGCUGUUGAAGCUGAAGAAUCCAAAGUUCUCCGACUUCAGGUUGAACUCGCUCAACUCAAGCAAGAUAUUGACCGACGAAUGCGAGAAAAGGAUGAAGAAUUCGAAAAUACUCGAAGAAAUCAGCAGCGCGCGAUGGAAUCCAUGCAGGUGACGCUUGAUUCUGAGAUCAGAGCACGAGCGGAGCUGGCAAGGACUAAGAAGAAGAUGGAGAGCGACAUGAAUGACAUGGAAAUUUCAAUGGCGAAGUACCGAAAGCAGCUUGAGAAUACUAUCGGGACUAAUAAGGAUUACUCCCAACAAAUCAAGGACCUUCAAAUGCGUCUUGACGACGAAGAACGGAAAAUGGACGACGCCUCCGAAAAUAUGCAAGUCGUCGAGCGUCGCGCAAAUCUUCUUACUGCAGAAAUCGACGAGCUUCGAAACGCUCUUGAGCAAGCGGAACGAGGUCGCAAACUUGCUGAGAGCGAACUUAUGGACUCGAACGAGCGUGCGGCUCUUUUGCACACGCAAAAUACAGCUCUCUUGAAUCAGAAGCGUAAAUGCGAGACCGAAUUGCUCGCUGUCGCCAAUGAAAUUGAAGAAGCGGUUCAAGAGGCGAAGAACGCCGAGGACAAGGCCAAGAAGGCGAUUACCGACGCCGCCUUGAUGGCUGAGGAGCUCAAGAAGGAGCAGGAUACUAAUGCUCACUUGGAGAGGAUGAAGAAAAACAUCGAAACGAACACGAAGGCACUUCAACAUCGACUGGACGAGGCUGAGCAAGUGGCGCUAAAAGGUGGAAAGAAGCAGAUCGCGAAACUGGAGCACAGAAUUAGGGAUAUUGAAGCUGAGCUGGAUGCGGAGCAGAGACGAAACGUCGAUGCAUCCAAGGUUCAGAGGAAACUUGAGCGCAAGCUGAAAGAGGUCACUUAUGCAGCUGAAGAAGACAAGAAGAACGUCAUUCGCAUGCAAGAUCUCAUCGACAAGCUCCAAGUCAAGGUCAAAACCUACAAGAAGCAAGCAGAAUCUUGCGAAGAAACAGCAAAUGCAAACCUCAGCAAAUACCGACGGCUUCAGCAUGAGCUCGAAGAAUCCGAGGAACGAGCGGAAAUCGCCGAGUCUCAGGUCAACAAGUUGCGAUCAAAGCGCGAAAUGGACUCCUUCUAA